AUGCCGUGUCAAAAGAACCAAAAGCUCUCACCUACCGUCCCUUCAAGAGAAAUGUCUCCCCUCCCGGAUUUCUGGCUUCCCGUCUUCUGGAAGAACCAAUUCCGCACCACCAUCGAACUUCCCACUAGAGAGAAAUACCCCCAAGUUGAAGGCGGCACAGCCAUCAUGACCGGCUCAAACACAGGACUUGGUUUCGAAGCUUCAAAGCAACUUCUCUCCCUGGGUCUAUCUCAUCUCAUAAUGGGAGUGAGAUCUAUUGAAAAGGGGAAUGCUGCCGCUGAGAAGCUGAGAAAGAUCGCGCCGUCUGCUAGGAUUGAUGUUUGGCAACUUGAUAUGCAAUCUUAUGAUUCUAUCCAAGCCUUUGCCAAGAGAUGUGACACUGAGCUUUCUCGCAUUGACUUUGUUAUUCUAAACGCUGGCCUUUCGCCUUCGAGCUUCGAGCUUGUGCCCGACACAGGUCACGAAGUUGGUAUUCAAGUCAACCACAUCAGCACCGCUCUUCUCACAAUCCUUCUUAUCCCCAUCCUCAAGACCAAAACCUCGGGCCACAGACCACCUCGUCUUACCACAGUGAAUUCUCUCACAGCCCAUCUCUGCAAAUUCCCAAACAAAGAUGAACGUCCACUCCUUGCAUCCUUCGACGAUCCCAAGAUCACGCCUUGGAGUUCCCAAGAACGGUACGGCGUGUCAAAACUUCUCAACCAACUAUUCGUCGUGAAGCUUUGCGAGAUCGUCAGUCCAGAUGAUGUGAUUAUCAACAUGGUUGACCCAGGUCUUACAAAGGGUACUAAUCUUGGAGGACAUCAUGAACUUGGUGGUGUUGCUGGAGCGCUUGCAGGGGCGUUCUUUGCGAUUUGUGGAAGACCUGUUGAUAGAGGUGCUGCGAGCUAUACUAAUGCUGUUUAUGGACAUGGAAAGGAGUCUCAUGGGUGCUUUUUGAUGAGUUGUGAGAUUGCACCGCUGGCGGGUUGGUUUUAUACACAUGGUGAUGUCUUGGUUGAUCAGGUUUGGAACGAGACACUUGAGGAGUUGGAUUUUGCUGGCGCCAAGGACAUCGUAUCUAAUAUUUGA